CAGACGGACGGUGUUUGCUCACUGAACGUUAUCUAAGCUAUCAGUAGUCAGUUUGCAUGCAGACCGCGGAACAGAUUUAUCAUAUUCUCCUGCGUUCCGUGUGCUAUGGUGCGAAAAUUGUGCAAACUGAAAAAAGUAGAACAGAAUCCGCCAUUCUUGGAAGCAUAGAUUGGAUUGAACAGUUGCUAAUUACAUGUGAACGUAGUGAUAGUAACUACGAUUAUCCUUUUGUUUGGUAAUCUGUGGUGACGACACCGGAAAAGUGGCAGAGGCUUAUCUUUAAAAUCACUGAAUGGGAAAAGUAAUAGAAGAAACAGUAUUUUGGCGAUAAAGGCCCAGAGAAAAAAGGGAAUUGUGCUGAUACUACAAGACGUGGAUUUUUCCCAUACUUGAAUCAAUUGCAGUAUGAAUGAUCUCCACCGUGUGCGUGCAGUGGAAGUUCUUCAUUGAUGAGUAUGCGUACUGAAGUGUAGAUACGUAAAUUGAAAUAUAUGAAUUAAAAAUUCUUGAAUCAAUGACAUUGUUAUAUCAGGACGACGACGGUGUAGACAAAUCAGUGGAAGUGAAAGAGGAGAUGCAGUCAAAACGAAUAAAAAUCUGAAUCUGUGCUUCCGGAAAGACAAACGCGAAAAGCUCUGCUGCCUCCGUCUACGAGUACCUGCUGAGAAAAUGAGUCUUUGUGCCAAAGUGCGUCAUAAGAAUGUGCAAAUUACGGUCAAUUGUAUACAACCAGGGUGCAGCAAAAACACAUGGUUUCGGUUCUGAAUGGGUCUCAUACGAUUAGUUUAGUGUCGCCAUCUUGCAUGUAUUCGCGCAAAUCUCUUCCAAUAGGAAUCGGUCGUCAGUCUGCUCGUCUUAUGCAUACUAUUGUCGUCACAAAUAUUUUCUCAUCUACUUGUGAUUUCUGUGUAAUGUGAGAAGAAGAGUGUAAAGUUGGAAAAUUUUAGCUUAGCUGUUUUUGCGUCCAAAAAUUAAUUGUCUGAAAGUGCAAAUUGGUGAAAAUGACGGCGUAACGGCAGUCACAAUCGAUACACUAUCCGAGGAAUAGAAGGAAAUGUAAAAAAGGUCGCAAAAUGAAUGAAAACUUCGCGGCUAUAGCUGCCGCAAAACAAAUGCCAAUCGAAAAGUUAGUGCGUGUUGGGUAUUACGAACUUGACAAAACCAUCGGAAAAGGCAACUUUGCAGUGGUAAAGCUGGCAUCGAAUUUGAUAACAAAUUCAAAGGUUGCAAUUAAAAUAAUCGAUAAAACAUGUCUCGACGAGGAGAACCUGGCGAAAACGUUCCGCGAAAUAUCAAUACUGAAAGUGUUGCAUCACCCGCACAUUACACGCCUAUACGAGGUCAUGGAAUCACGUAAUAAAAUCUAUCUGGUGACAGAACACGCGGCGAGGGGUGAAAUUUUCGACCAUCUAGUUGCGAACGGUCGCAUGAAAGAGGAAGAAGCGUCACGCAUCUUCUCACAGAUAAUCUCCGCCGUGGACUAUUGUCACAGCAAGGGCAUCGUGCAUCGCGAUUUGAAAGCGGAGAACGUUCUGCUGGACAAUGAGAUGAACGUCAAGUUGGCUGAUUUCGGUUUUAGUAAUACCUUUUGUGAAGGAACACCUCUGAGGACGUGGUGUGGGUCGCCACCAUAUGCGGCUCCAGAGGUAUUUCAAGGAGUGGAAUACGACGGUCCAAAGUCCGACAUAUGGAGCUUAGGGGUGGUGCUAUACGUGCUGGUGUGUGGUGCUCUUCCGUUCGAUGGGGCGACGUUACAUGAUUUACGAAGUGUAGUCGUUGCCGGAAAAUUCCGCAUACCAUUUUUUAUGUCACAAGAAUGCGAGCACCUGAUUCGGCAUAUGCUUGUUGUAGAGCCAGAAAAGCGAUACACAGUGAAGCAAAUAGCCAAUCACAAGUGGCUGGAAAUGUACAAUGCCAUUCCGAUGCUUGAGAAAGCAUCCUACCAACCUACAGAAGGCGCAAAUCUAGACACAAUUGUUAUGACUCAUAUGUUACAACUUCCUGGCCUCACAGCCGAUAUGAUCGCACAGUCCGUACACGAAAAUCGCUUUGACCAUAUUUACGCAAUCUAUUAUCUGCUGGUGGACAAACUAAGGCAAAAACGAAAAGAGAAAAGUAGGUUACAACAUCACGCCAGUUUAGCUUAUUCACGCUCCCGAAAAACUAGUAUUACAACAGGGGUAGUGGACCGAACAGAGGUUAUAAAGAAUGAUUCGCUGGAAAGGUUAAGCCCACUGACUAACAUGGGCUCACCUAUUCUCAAUAUGUCCAGUGGCCUAAGUGCAGCAGAAGAGUUGGAAAAAUAUGACACAGAAUCUGCAAACUUGCCCAAAACGCCUGAAUCGACGGAUCACCUGUUUCCUCCUUCGUGCGCAAACGCAUCGGCAAAUACGCGGCGUCACACGGUUGGCCCAGGCGAUGUGGCCCAUGAGCAGGCCUUGGCUAACCCGAACGCACCCAUCAACUUUAAAGUUGGCUCAGCAGAACAGCAACCUCCUACGCAGAAUGUUCCCAUCAACAUUCCGAUGCUACAGAAUCAGCCGAUUCACAAUCUCACUAUCAAGGAUCAGCAUUUGUUGAAACCACCCACCGUCAUGGGUGCAACAGGUGCUUUCGGAAGACGAGCGUCCGAUGGAGGUGCAAAUUUGCACAUUUACUACCCAACUUCAUCCAACAUCAAUGAGUCGCCUAGCGGGGAUGUAGUGUAUGGAGUUCCAGCUGCACACGUUAUCAAUCCGGUUCCGGUAAUCAGUGACCAUCCAAUGCCGAUAACAGGCGUUGCUGAAGUACCAGAUGAUAGUAGUGAUGAAAUACAAAGAUAUAUGCAUGGCCGUGGUUGCACAAAACGACAUACUGUAGGAUGCACCGAUGAUCUAUCGGCAAACAAUGCGACAACGAUGGAACCUCCACAAGCUCACUCACCAGCCCCGUCGAACUCAGGCACAAGUGGAGGAGGGCGUACACGAAGGACCGGGUUGCUCACAGUCAUGGAACGGCCUCCUGUGAUUAGUCCUGAACUGGUGCGUGAAGUAGAGGCACGUAUGAAUCGCAACUAUCUACCUCCAUCGCUAAUGACCACUACGAUGAUGCCAACACCCUUGUCGUUGAUGCCAGCACAUAUGUCCGGAAUCGGAGUAGGUGGGUCCGGAUCGCUGCCGAUGAGCGGUAUAUCCGGCAUACAACCAGCCAGAACAAGCGCUCCGGCCCCAGCUUUUGGAGGAUUUGGAAUGUCAACUGGAGUCGAGCAAAGUUCUCCACCUCCUCCUCCUCCCUCCGGUUCCUCUUUACAAACUACCUCGACACAGCCCAAUACCCCUAGUACUGCACUGCAGAAUGUUAGUAGUAGACGCUUUCCUAGAACAUGUAAACUGCCUACCGUUCAAGAGAUUGGUCGCUACAGUCCGGUUCGCCGAGCAUCGGAGGGUUCCAAAAUCAACACACAAUUCCAAGGAGCAUUCCAGGAGUGCCAGCAGCUCCAAAAAGGCCUCAAUGCCAGUGGCGCUCAGCAACGAAACCUACUAAUUACACCAAGUCCUCCGCUGGCGGACAACUCAGUGAGCUUACCGGGCUCGCCAAUGCACUGCAAACCCUUUGAGGACAGAUCUCAGCAAGACAUUACACUGCCCCAGGAUAUGAUAUUAUCGCUGGCUCCGGGGCUUGAGAAGCUAGUUUUAGAAAAGCGGAUACAGAUUGAAACAGCGAAGUGUAUUAUGAACACGCGAACAGUGCCAUUCGAGGUGCGGCAGCAGUUGGGAUUAUUCGCCCACGCUGUAACACCUGACCUAGGUUACACGCUGCAACAACAGCUGCAGCACAGUCAGAGCGUUUCUCCACUUACAGCUCGGCAGGGCACACUUCAGCCCAACUUUGCGGGUAGUAGUAUAGGUUCAGCAAAUUACGGUUAUUUUGGUGGUCUACCGUAUCCUGGAACAAUACCGGGAUUGACUUUCCCUGGUAGUAAUAGUAACAGUGGAUGUCCCUCCCCUGUGUAUUAUAGUGAAUGUCCCUCGCCCAUCCUGCCUACCGGCGGCGGUGCUUCACCGAUGCACCAAAUUACUCGUGGUAUUAGUAUUAUGAACACCGGAGGAGGUUCAACUUCUGCAGCUGGUGGUUCGAUUACGAGAGGCACCUCUGCAGCCUAUUCGGUGUCCUGCAAUGAACCAUUAGAUCUUAGUAUGGACGUAGUUAAUAAUGAAGAGCUAGAGUAUCCAAGAAAUAAUUUUCUCAUGAACCCUUCUACCACUAGCGGUUCAUCACUUAAUUACCUAGAUAUGAAGAAUUUUAGCCUUAUGCCACCACAACAGAUGCGUCUUACUGCAACGCCCCCAACAUCGCCUAAUCUAUGUAUUAUACAAGAAGAAAAUCCGAACUCUGCACUAUUUCAAGGAAGUGCACAUUUUAAAAGUCAAUCCGCUGGAGCUUCUCCAGAAGAUUUAAGUUUUCAACAUACUCACCCCCAGAUAUACUUGACAGAUGUUCAAGGAAGUGAAAUCACAUUAGUUGCAUCGUCGGACUCUAGCCAUGACAGCGACGAUUCGCUCAACUGCAAGAGUUCGGGUCUGGGGUUCCAGGGGCUUCUGAUAUCGGAACCCUCAAGUGAUAUGCCUUCUAUAACACGUGGUGUUGGGAGGAAAGCUAGUCUCGAAACCGAAAACAAUUCAACGUCGACCUCGGCAAAGUUGGAUACGGACACCAGUGAGUCGUAUGCUCGCCGAGGUAGUGAUAAGUCACUCGGUUUCAGUGACGAUAGUCUAAGCAAUGAUUCGAACCACUCGAAUCUUUCCCCUAGUCAGGAACCGUCCGCUAGUUCCGGUUUCAAAAGUUGCGAUUCUCAUUCCGAGCAAGACGCUCGACUUAGUCCGGAUUCUUUAUGCGACAACAAGAUGGACGAGUGUUACGAAUUGCCCUUGCCACAAGAAUGUUCCGCUCUCGACACUUCUCGAAUACUGGAGAUGGUGAAGCGAAAAAUUGACUCCAAAGUGCCACCGAUGGGGUGCGUUUUCUAUACACAGAAAUCAGACCCGGAUGGUGGCCAGCUCAGUCGAAGUGAAAUGGAUAGUUCCUUAGCGAUGGGAGAAAGCUCCAAUCUGAGCCUGGAGUAUUCGGGCGGACUGCAGAUUGAGUUACAGGUUUUCGAGGGACGCAUGAAGGAUAGCCAUAACAGUGGAAAGGGGAUAAAGCUUCGGCGGAUAUCCGGUGAUCAAAACGAGUACGGGAAACUUUGCCAGCAAUUAAUAACUUCGUUGACUGUUUGAAAGUACGACAACCGUUUGACAGUCAAUUACCGUAAACGCGUUUAAGUUUUUUCGCUAUUCCAAGCAAUAUUUUGCAAUUCUAGGAGAAAAUUGUUCACGUGUCUAACAUUAAUGCUGAUUGAUAUUAGUGGUAGUAACAAUGUUUCGAUACAGGUGUUUAAAUUAAGGCCUGGAAGGAAGGCUGAAUCCGUUUUCAAAAUUAAUUGGAUUUCCUUACUUAUCGAUAACAGUUUGUUGGUCUUUUCAGGCUGCUGAUAUGCAUCAAUCAAAUAACCUUGGCCAUUACGACCCAGAUAAAAGUUUGCCUUUCUCGUACGCCAAGAUUGUUCCAAGAACCUUUUGUACUGAUUAUGCGCCUUGCAUGAGUUGAUAUCGACAAUUCACCAUACCUUCCUAUUUCGUAGGUCUGUAUGCUUAUUUCGAAUUUGGAGCGGGGUGGCACGGAUAUACGAAACUACUUGUUGAAUCAAGAGGAUAUCUACAUGUGCCAGCUGCCAGCGUGAGUUAAGUGCGGUGGCGGUUGGCAUUCGGAAACAGACGGCUUGUCCACAAACGUGACAUUCAAGGGCGUCCUAAUUAGGAGUUUGUGGGUUCGAGACACCAAGACACACAGAUUCUUUUUGGUAAAAUUGAAAUCAAUUUGUUCAUUUGGAAAACAUGUGCUGUUCCAAAGCACAACCAAGAUCCUUCAUUUCAUGCAAUACAGACACGACUCUAAAACUGGAAAUGUUCAGGUUAUUUUCAUACAAAAAAUGGAACUUUCAUAUUUUUACGUUUUUUUUUACAAUAUUUAAUAUUUUUCAAUUUCAAUUAGGUUCUGCAGCGCCUGUACGUAACCUCAAACUGAUGACAGAUUAGUAGUACUUCGCGUUGCACUCGGGGGCAGCCAACCAAUCACGAAGUCGAACCUUGUCGGAGUCCUCGUCGGAGUCAGUGGAUAGUACUACUGAACUGUCAAAAAAGUUCAUUUGACGAGGACCGAAUUCAUUCGUGACGUCAUGCUGCAGAACCUAAUAUUUCAAUAUUUUUGCGUACUUCUUGUUGGACUCAGGGGCAGCCAACCAAUCACGAACUCGACCCUUGUCGGAGUCCUCGUCGGAGUCAGUGGAAAGUACUUCUGAACUGUCAAAAAAGUUCAUUUGACGAGGACCGAAUUCAUUCGUAACGUCAUGCUGCAGAACCUAACUGAACUGUCAAAAAAGUUCAUUUGACGAGGACCGAAUUCAUUCGUGACGUCAUGCUGCAGAACCUAAUGGAACACUGCUGGGAAAACCAGCGAGUCUGUUCUAUUUUGCUGAAGAUUCAAACUAGAACAGGAGGGUGAAACGUCUGUCAUCCGCGGAACAAUGGCACUCUACCCAACAUCGUUUUUGGUACUUCUACUUUUGGUACCCUGUUUCUGGGUAGUAUACUCGAAUUCAGCGCUCAUUUUUGGGUGAUUGGUUCAUAAGCAGUUAGUGCUAAUUAUCGGCAAUUAAAUUCUCCUGGCGAAAACAUGCAAUUGGUUGAGGUACAUCGAGCCUUUUGUGUUUGUAUGGCAUCCGUGUGUCGAAAAAUAGCUCGUCGAUACUUCCGAAGUUUUGUUAUCAUAAAUUAAACGAAAUUAAAAGAAAAAACACUGUACGCCAUAUUGAAUGAAUGGUGGGUAGGCGUAUUAGCCUUCUCUUCAGUCCCCUGAACUAGAAUAGUAAUCGAAAAUUUAGAAUGAAACUGAACCACUACUGAUUUCACUCUUAUACCAGUUUUAUUUUUUGACAGUUAACUAGUAUAAAAAAUGAAUCUAGAUUCAUAUUCAAACUGACAGCCUCGAACGACUUGAAUCAAAGCUCUGGGGUGGCAUUGUGCAUCUCGAAUCGAAUCACUCGAUUCGUACGUUUUUGCAUUCGUUUCGAAAAAAUUGCGGCAUUAUGUAUUUCGUUCGACUUCAUUCAGUCGCAGUACAAGAUUUCGAAUGGUGCUGUACUAGUUCAAUCGAGUUCAAUCUUCUGUCAAACGAAAUGUAAACAGAGAGAAUAAGAGAUAGCUGUCUCCGUGUUUAGUGUGCCGCCCGCAGGAGAGACAACCUUCAGCGCAUGGCGAAUGUGAGUAAACAGAGAGAAAAAGAGUAAUUUCAUCUGCGUGUAGCAUGUUGCCUGUUGAAAAGGCAUCCUUCAGGGCAUGAAUUGGCGGUUAAUUUAUAAAUAAGCAAAUUGGGCUCAAUGACUAUAAAAAGGAAUAUUAUUUAUUGAGCAGUUGCAACCGAUUAAAACAUUAUGCCGAUACAAUAUGUUUUGUAGAUUGAGAUAUUGUUACGACACAAAUUAUAAGUUUUAUGUUUUAUUGGCCCGUUUAUAUAUUAUCUAGUUCUAGAGAACAAUGCAUUAUCCGACAAUUCUCGCACUAAAUUAGCAUAAUGUAAACUUUUAUUAGCGGAGACAAUUGUUUACAUUGUGCUAAUAUCGUGCUAGUAUUGUCGGAGUGCAUUGUCCGCAAGAACUAGCGAAUAUGUAAACGGGUCAUAUGCCACAGAUCAAAUUUUGAGCGAAAUAAUUAAAAGCCAAGAACUAGCGAAUAUGCAAACGGGCCAUAAAGAAGGAUUCGAUAAUAAAUUACUUUGAUGUUUCCAUGUGUUUUAUUUAAAUGCACUUGGGUUAUCUCUUGCGCGUUUUUUGUUCUUUAACUCAACUAUUUUUACGUAGAUUUUAGAAUAUACACGUUUUUACGCAAAUUUUCCCCAUCGGUUAUUUCGAAAUCGUCAAGAAA